AUGAGUAAUAAGAACAUUGAUAUAACACUUGGAUGUAAGAUUAUACAAAUAUAUGUAUAGAAAUCAGGAAGGCAAUUCCUUAACAUUUAUUUAAGAAGAAUGAAUUUCGAUUUUUAAUUUCUGUAGGAUAAGCAUUUAGUUCCACAUUAUUAUUGACUUAUAUUGCUUAUAAUUAUAUCCCUUUGAAUUGGUGGACUCUACCUAUUUGGGUUAUAUAUGCCUUUAUAACAGGAACAGUGGCUACAGGAAUAUGUAUUAAGAUUAUUUAAAUAUAGGGGUUUUGGGUCAUGAAUGUAGUCAUUUUGCAUUUUCAGAUACUAAAUGGUUGAAUGAUGCUUUAGGUUACAUAUUGCAUUAAGCAUUGUUGGUACCCUAUUUUUCAUUGUAACAUUCUCAUGCUGUUCAUCAUGCUAAGACAAAUCAUUUAACUGAAGGUGAAACACAUACUCCUGUAAUUAUUGGUUCAAAGAUGGGAAGAAUAUACUAAAAAAUGAAAGAUGUUUUAGGAGAGGAAUGUUUUACUAGCAUUUAGAUUUUUAAUAUAGCAGUUUUAGGAUGGCCUCUUUAUUUUUUAUUUGGUGUAUCAGGAGGAUCUGCAAGAGGAUUCACUAGUCAUCUUAUAGUACCAAAUAAGUUGUUACCUAAGAAAAUGUUAGUAAAAGUAGCUGUUUCAAAUCUUGGACUAUGUUUAAUAAUUUAUUAAUUAUACAAAUGGUACUAAUUCACUUCAUUUGCUGAAGUAAUGGCUUUAUAUAUUGGUCCCUAUUUGGUAGUUAAUAUUUGGUUGACAAUUAUCACUUCCUUAUAACAUAAUGAUAUAAAUAUUCCUCAUUAUGAUGAAACUGCUUGGACAUGGUUAAAAGGUAUAUUAAAAAAUUAUUUUAGGGAAUUUAUGUACUAUAGAUAGAAAUUAUCCUCUUUGGAUUAAUGCUUUACAUUUCGACACUGGUACUACACAUGCACUUCAUCAUCUCUUUUCUGAAUUACCUCAUUAUAAUGCUAGAGUAUAUUAUAAUUAUAUUAUUUAUAGGAAGCUAACAUUCAUCUUAAAUAAGUUCUAGGUGAUUUAUACUACCAAGAUACCAAAAAAUUAUGGAUAUCUCUCUAUUAAACUGCUAGUCUUGUGGGAGUUGAACAUUAAGGAAAUGGAGUCUGGAAAUUUGUUAAGACUUGA